CUCGCGCGGCCGCGGCGCGAGCCGGGACCCCGGGAAGGGUAGGGUGCGCGGCCCAGGAGGCACCGCUGUCUCCUCACAAUCGGCCGGGCCUGCAGCCGCUGCUGCCGCCGCCGCCGCCGCCCUACUCAGGGAGUGGCCCAGGCCUGCGGCGCGCCACCCUCACCUCCUUCAUUCCUACCGUCAAAGCCCAGCCUUGGCUACCUGACCCCCGUGUGGUCUCGAACUCGGUCAGAGCAGAGCAUGGACAUGGGAACGAGUGCUCUCAGCAAGAAGCCGUGGUGGACCCUGCCUCAAAACUUUCAUGCACCAAUGGUGUUUCACAUGGAAGAGGACCAGGAGGAGCUCAUCUUCGGGCAUGGUGACACAUACCUUCGCUGCAUUGAGGUGCACAGCCACACCCUUAUUCAGCUGGAGAGUUGGUUCACAGCUACAGGCCAGACUCGUGUGACUGUAGUCGGACCACAUAGGGCAAGGCAGUGGCUGCUGCACAUGUUUUAUUGCGUGGGGAGCCAGGACUCCUAUCAUCAUGCUCGAGGCCUGGAGAUGCUGGAACGUGUCCGAAGCCAGCCCCUGACCAACGAUGACCUGGUCACCUCCAUUAGUGUGCCACCGUACACUGGAGACCUGUCUUUGGCUCCCAGGAUAAGUGGAACCGUGUGUCUUAGCGUUCCUCAGCCUUCUCCUUACCAAGUGAUUGGUUGUUCGGGAUUCCAUUUGAGUUCACUGUAUCCAUAAUUAAGGACUGAUCUCCCCUGGGAAGUGGGGAUGAGAGGAGUAGUCUUGGCUUCACUUUUGGUGAGAAAGACGUGAAAGACACUGAGGAAAGUUUGAACUUGUGGUCAGGACCUGUCCUUCUCAGGUCUUCUAGACAUGUGUCUGAGGGAAGUCUCUUGAAUGUAAGAAAGUGUUAUUGGCAAAGCAAUCCAAUAAAAUAAGCUACCUAUGA